CGACGAUCGUGCACAUGGACAAAGACGUUGGAUCCGGGAUCCAAUCUACCAGCAGUCGAUAGCGCCCGCCGAACUUCCCGAAGUCUGAGGGCUAUACCGACAUUGACGAGUGCAGAAUGGCGACGCUAGGCUGAACUGCGAGAUUGAUCCUGGACGGCCAAGCAAACCGAAUUGCUUUAGAAGACUUCUACAUCCUUCUUCAACGUUUGUCACUUCCCUGUUCCUCUGUCCUUCUCCAAUUUGGUCGGAUCUUCAGGUAUAUUUCCCUGUUUGGCAAUGCGUCUCUCGUCUGGCUGCCUCGGGGCAGCCUUUGUGCUGGCUGUCCAUGCGCAGUCUAACUCUACCGACACUGUCGACCCUGCGUCGGUCACCGUGCCUGACACGACCCCGUUGAACUCUACCGAUGUGGUCGAGCCGACCGAUUUCAAUGUGACCCAGGCGUUGGUGGACAUGGGAGUCAACGUGUCUGCCCUCCCUGUGGCACAGCUUGCCGAGCGCUCGUCUAAUGCGGCCUGUUCGCUUGCGUGCGCCUCUUUGCAGCUCCUCUAUGGUUCCCAAAACGUCGACUACAGCAACGAGGCGGCAUACAACACCUUCACGUCCGGCUACUGGUCUCAGAUCCAAGAGAACGUGGACCCUUACUGCAUCUUCAAGGCGCCCAACACGGGCGCUGUGACGGUGGUGAUUCUGCUUUCUCGGUUGACCACUUGCCCUUUUGCUGUCAAGAGCGGUGGCCAUGCGGCAUUCCAAGGUGCUUCCAACAUCCCGGGCGGGAUCACCGUCUCUCUCGCGGCUCUGAACACCAUCAAGGUUUCCAGCGACAAGAAGACCGUCGCCGUCGGACCCGGCAAUACCUGGAACGCGGUGUACACAGCCCUCGCCCCGUCCAACUUGGCCGUCAUUGGCGGCCGUGUCGCCCCGAUCGGCACUGGUGGUCUGACGACCGGCGGUGGCAUAUCCUUCUUCUCGUCUCUGUACGGAUGGGCCUGCGACAACGUUGCCUCGUACGACGUGAUUCUCGCCUCUGGGAUCCAGGUGACCGCUUCGCCGACCCAAAACUCCGACCUCUACUGGGCCCUCCGCGGCGGUGGCAACAACUUUGGCAUCGUGGUCAACUUCAACUAUGAGGCCAUCAGCCUGCCCGGGGCCCAGCUGUGGGGCGGCACCCGCGUCUACCUGGAAGACCAAUUUGACGCGCUGGCCAGCGCCUUCGCCGGUGUGGUGGAGGAUUCCCCCAACGACGGCAACGCCGGCCAGUGGGUUGCCUGGCUGGCGAGCAACGGGACCAAGAUCGCGUCGGCCGAGCUCUACUACGCCAAGCCCAACGGCGGCAGCGCGGCCAUCUGGAACGACUACAACGCCCUGACCGCCAUCUCGGACUCGACGCAGAACCGCCAGCUGCCAGCCUACACGGCCGAGCUGGCGAGCUCGAACCCAUACGGGCUGCGGGAGACCUACUACGGCCUGACGGUCAAGGCGGACGAGUCCCUGGCGACGCUGGCCCGGGACAUCUUCUACCAGGAGCUGCCCGCGACGGCCAACGUGGCGGGCGCCAACCCAGUGCUCAUCUACCAGGGCAUCACGCUGCCGAUGAUCGAGAACAUGUCCAAGAACGGCGGCAACCCGCUGGGCAUCUCGGUGUCGGACGGGCCGCUGUACCUGAUCCACGUGGCGUGCUGGUGGGACAACGCGUCCGACGACGCCACCAUCUACGCCUUCAUCACCAGCGUGCUGAACCAGAUCAAGGCCGCGGCGACCAGCAUCGGCAAGCAGAACGACUACAUCUACAUGAACUACGGCGGCGUGUACGAGGACGUCAUCAAGAGCUACGGCGCCGCCAACAAGGCCAAGCUCAAGAGCAUCGCCUCCAAGUACGACCCCCAGCAGGUCUUCCAGAUCCUGCAGCCCGGUUACUUCAAGCUCGACCGCGCCCCCGUCGUCGACUCGAGGUACUUCUCGGGAUAAGGUUGUCGUGUUGGACGGGUAGGUCGGAGAGAGAGAGUGUGUGUGUGAGAGUCUGGACGGCCCAAACUCCCCCUUGUAUAUAGAUACUUGAUAAGAUGUGCAUGCUGCCGGCGUUUUAGACUCUUGAUUUUUGGAACACUUUCCUUCCUGUGAGAGUUGAGCGAGUGGAAAACCCAGCUAGGGUAUAAUAAUCUGAAGCGCUACCUGAUAAUACGAUGUCCCAGGACCCUGUUGUGUCUGUGAGGAGAACGAAUCCCGAGUAAUUACUUUU